AAUAAUAUAUAUACAUUGAGUAAGUAAACAUAGUUAUUAAUUACUUCACCCGCCAAGAUGGCUGACUCCGGCGACACGAUACAAGCAAUUGCCUCCUAUUUGGGCGUGAAAUGUGGCAAAAUAACCUACGAUGGAAUUGAAAGAAUUCCAGUUACAAAAGGCAAAACUGGGACCAGGAAAGGAUUUAUGACCAUCACAAAACACCUUGUGAGGGCUGCUGACAAGCAACAACUCAUUGGUACAUGCGCAGAAGACAAGGCCGCUGUUGACCAAUGGCUCGAAUACCGUGUGUGCACCAUGGACCGAUGUCCCUCAAAAUCUGACAUGGAAGUCAUUCUCACAGACUUGAACACAUUUUUAGCAGACAAAGUAUACUUCCUUCGCCACCAUUUGACAGUGAUUGACCUGGCCUUGUACUACGGACUUCACAAAACUCUGACGGGGCUCACAUUUUAUGACAAGCAGAACUAUGUACAUGUUUCAAGAUGGUUUAAUAAUAUACAACAGGAGCGGAGCAUACGACAGUCAUUUCCCGAAGUCACAUUCUCGAAAACUAAACUCUACUCAGGAUCUGCCCAUUGAUGUUCUCUUAAUUUAUAGAUUAUUAAAUAAAUUGUAUAAAUCGGU